UAGUGUAGGUCUAUAGUGUAGGUAGACGUUUCUCCGUUGCUAUUCACCUUGUGUCACCGUUCUCGCUAAGAGUCUCAAAUCAAUUAACGUAGAAUUAGAACAAGAUUACUCUGAAUCUACUGGUUUGAGGACGUCUUUAGCCCUCUCAAGUAUAGCAGAUGGCUGACUUUUAAACCGGAAGAUGACUUUUUAAAUACCGGUAUGAAUCCAUUAGGUGGUAGCAUUUAACUAUAAAAAGAUCAGAUAUGUCAACAUUCUUUUUGAUGUUCUUCAGAAGAGCAAGUCUAUGUGACUUAGAUAUUUCUGCGUACCUACCUUAUUAAACCCUGUUCAAAUAUAAAUAGACUUUAUGAUCCUAAAGGUUUUAACCCAACAUCCUGUUUACUCAUCGGUUUCUACUGGGUUAGCUUAGGCUAUAUUAAAAUGUAUGGGUGAAGUCGAAAAAAUACGAUUACGGAUGUUCUGACACACUUCAUUAAACACCUGAUGGAGUUCCAAGUGCGCAAAGGACUGUCUUCAAAUAAUUUGGGGGAUAUGGAAAACCCAGACAGCCCCCCUGGGAUUAUGGGGUUGCUAAAAACCUUUGACUCUUCUGAGUUUGGGAGCUGGGAAAAGAUAGGCUCCGGAGGAUUUGGACAAGUCUACAAAGUGCGACAUGUACAGUGGAAAACAUGUCUGGCAAUUAAAUGCCCUCCAAGUCUUCAUGUGGAUGAAAAGGAACGUGCUGAGCUUUUGGAGGAGGCGAAGAAGAUGGAGGCUGCCAAGUUCCGCUACAUUCUACCGGUGUAUGGGAUCUGCAGUGACCCACAGGGCCUGGUGAUGGAGUAUAUGGAGACGGGCUCCCUUGAGACGCUGCUGGCCUCUGAGACGCUGCCUUGGGAGCUACGUUUUCGCAUCAUCCAUGAAACGGCGGUGGGCAUGAACUUCCUGCACUGUAUGAACCCUCCUCUGCUCCACCUGGACCUCAAACCUGCCAACAUCCUGCUGGAUGCCCAUUACCAUGUCAAGAUCUCUGAUUUUGGCCUGGCAAGGUGGAACGGUUUCUCCAGGGCCGAUGACAUCAGCCGCGAUGGCUUCUGUGGCACGAUUGCUUAUCUACCACCGGAGAGGAUCAUAGCAAAAGACAGGGUCUCCGACAUCAAACAUGACGUGUACAGCUUCUCCAUUGUCAUCUGGGGAAUACUCACACAAAAAAAGCCAUAUCAAGGGGAGAACAACAUCCUGCACAUCAUGGUGAAGGUGGUGAAGGGCAUGCGGCCGGAGCUGGGCGCCGUGCCGCGCUGCCGUCCUCAGGCCUGCGCCGGCUUCCUGGCGGUGAUGCAGAAGUGCUGGCAUUACUCCCCCCAAGCCAGACCCACCUUUCAGGAGAUCACAUCUGAGAUUGAAGAACUGUGCUCCAAACCCCAGGAAGAUUCCAAGGGCCCGGCUGCCGAGCCAGAGGCCAGCCCCCACCGUGCACAAAGCCGCUCUGACCAGGAGAAAGAUUCUGUGCCGGUGCGACCAAAGUCUGCCAUGCUACCAGAAAAAGACUACAGCCUCUCGGAACUGCUGAGUCAGGUGGACUCAGGGAUCUCUCGGAGCUUCGACCGUGUCAAGGAGGAGAGCUCCCAGGGCAAAGACACGACCAACAAGAGGCUCUCCGGGAUCUCUUCUGUUGACUCGGCCUUCUCCUCUCAGGGCUCCAUCACGCUAUCAUUUGAGAAAGAAAAUGCAGAUUCGGGGACACUGGAUUUGCAGAGAAAAAAGUUGUGUGAAGCCAUUAAGAUGCAGGACAUCACCAAGCUGAUGAAGAUCCUGCAGCCACAGGACGUGGACCUGAUUCUGGAGGGUGGCUGCAGCCUGCUGCACUAUGCCAUCCAGCAGACCAAUGAGGAAGCGGUGAAGUUCCUCCUCCUCAGCAAUGCCAACCCCAACCUGCCCAACGCCAAGGGCUCCACAGCGCUUCACCUGGCCACGGAAAAGAGGCUGAAGAACAUUGCCGAACUGCUGCUGGGCCGCAAGACCAACAUCAACGCCAAGGAUGAGGACCACUACACCCCGCUGCACUUCGCCGCCCAGAAUGGCGACGAGACCAUCACCCGCCUACUGCUGGACCGCAAUGCCGCCAUCAAUGAGGUGGACUUUGAGGGACGCACCCCGUCGCACAUCGCCUGCCAGCACGGGCAGGAGAACGUGGUGCGCGUGCUGCUUAGCCGGGGGGCCAACGUCCACGUCCAGGGGAAGGACAACUGGACCCCCCUCCACUUUGCAGCCUGGCAGGGUCACCUGGCCAUCGUCAAGCUGCUGGCCAAGCAGGCGGGGGCCGACAUCAACAGACAGACCUCGGACGGGCGGACGGCACUGCACCUGGCCUGCCAGAGGGGGCAGUACAGAGUCGCGCGGAUCCUCAUUGAGCUGGGCGCUGACAUCCACGUCAUGGCUGCCGGCCUGCGAACGCCCUUGCACGUGGCGGCCGAGACGGGCCACACCAGCACCUCCCGGCUCCUCAUCAAACACAAGGCCGACAUCCAGGCCCAGACUGCCCAGGGCUGCACCGCCCUCCACCUGGCAGCCCAGCGUGGGUACCUGCCCACCGUCAAGAUGCUAAUGGAGGAGAAGGCUAACCCGUGUGGCACAGACUGUGCCCUCCGCACUGCUUGCCACCUGGCGGUGGAGGGUGGCCACUGUGACGUGGUCAAAGAGCUUGUCCAGAACUUCCCCGAGACUGUCAAUCUGGCUGAUGAGCAGGGCCUUACACCACUGCACCUGGCAGUGCGGGCAGGGCAUGCCAACAUUGUCACUGUGUUGCUCUCCCAUGGUGCUGAGAUGCCACAAUUCUGCCUUGAUGCGCCCCAGAAUGCAACGCCCCAGCCCACACCAGUCCAGACCUCCCCACACCAGACUGCGCCAGCCCAGACCACCCCACACCAGGCUACACCAGCCCAGACUACCCCACACCAGACUUCACCAGCGCAGACCACCCCACACCAGACGUCACCAGUGCAGACCACACUAAGCCAGACUGCACCAGCGCAGACCACACUACACCAGACUACACCAGCGCAGGCCACCCCACACCGGACUGCGCCAGCUCAGACUACACUACACCAGACUACACCAGUGCAGGCCACACUACACCAGAAUGUGCCAGCCCAGACUACACCAGUGCUGACUACACUACACCAGACUACACCAGCGCAGGCCACACUACACCAGACUGUGCCAGUCGAGACUACCCCACACCGGACUGCACCAGCGCAGACCACACUACACCAGACUGUGCCAGUCCAGACUACCCCACACCAGACAACACUACACCAGGCCACGGCAGCUAAGAUAACACCACUCCAGACCAUGGCACUCCAAACCGCGACAGUCCAGACUGCGCCAGCCAAGAUCUCGCUUCCCCAGACUGCACUGUUCCAGAAGACAGCACAGGGGACUGGACACUGUGGAGAUACCGCUUCCCUCAAGCGGCCCCAGAGGAAGAUUUUAAUCCUCAAACUCACAGAUGGCGACACCAUGGACCGCUCAGACCCCAGCAGUUCUCUGUGUUAUUCUGUCUAAUGUUAAGUUUGAUCUAGAACAUUAAUAAAGCCACCAGUACUUUCUCUCAGAUCCAACAUGGACAUUAUACUCCACACUGUACAGUGGCCUACACACUCUACAGUGGCAUAUCAACUGCUGAGUGUACUUUGUACAGAUUGUAAAUAUUUGGUACUGGUAUUCAUUGCAUGUGAGGACUGAUGUAAUGAUUGCUUGAGCUUUAGACUUUGAUAAGGCUACAUUAUGUCAUCAUCUGUAAAAAAGCAUGGGUACAUAUUUUUAACUGUAUGGAUAACAUAACUGAUGGAACAUACUUUAUUUUCCAUAAAUAUAAAUAGAUUUUUCCAUUGUUUUAUUUUUAUACUUUUUGCAUAUAUGAUUUUUGAUAGCAUUGUUAAAAUGAUACCCUGUUUCUUGCUUCUAUUACGAUGCAUGCAUUCACUGUCCAAACACUUGCACUCAGAAUUUUAGCAAUGUGGACCAUUGUUUUUCUGUCUCAUGGGCCUAACACAAGCUGUAAAAUCACAAGCGCAUGAAAUUGCUGUAAUGUCUUUGUGCAGCUUUGAGCUGUGUAAUUAAAGGACAGGUGGUUGGUAUCGUUCAUAUUGAAUGCAUGAAUAGACUGAACCCAAAACUGCACCAUGACCCACAAAGACCAACAUACUCUUUGGAUGGCUUCUUUUUCAUGGAGAUCUGCGAAGUUGCAUGCUGGUAGAAUGUGCAGAAUAGAUGAUUUUGAAAAAGAAUUUGUCGUGGUGGGGGUAUGUAAGAAGAGUAUUUUUUUUAGGAUACUCAAUCAAAAUGAACAAAUUGAACUUUCCGUUUGUGCAGAUUUGUGAGCAUGUGUGUGUGUGUCUGAGUAUUUGUGUGUACGUGCAUGCUUCCGUUUGUGUGUAGUGUGUUUGUAGGUGGUUUUUGAAGUGAGCAGGUGGUAUGGUACCUCCCCCACCACGACCAUGGGAACUGGCCCAGGGGGAUAGCACAGGGUGGGAAAGCUAUGUGUGUUUCCAAGCUGCUGGCUAAUUCAGACUGCUUCACCCUUUCAUCACUCAGUAAGCUGCAGUUAUGCCCCUAAUGCCGACAGGAUGAGGGCUUUUGCAACAUGUGUCUAGGAGUUCUGGAAUGGAUCCAGGAGGGCUAUAAUUGGCUAGUCUCAUGGUCUUGUUUGCAGAGACCUGCAAAUUGACUGAGCUUGUUGUAAUCAAAAGCCAUGCACUCUUUCUAUCUGUUGCCAGGCAAUCCUGUAACAGCCACAGUAUAAGUGGUACAUCUGCAGACAUUUUGGAGAAAUUGUGCUGUAGUACAGUGUUUUUUACACCAAUUUUUAUGGUUCAGAUUGUAUUCAUGUAUUCAUACAGAUUGCACAAUUUCACUUUUGUAUAUAAUGGCGAAGUAAAGUAUAAUACAUUGGCCUUUAUGACUGGGCAAUUUGGUGUUCUGUGUUCUGCUGUAAAAUGUUAUGUUCAUAGCGGCUCUCACAGGUCUCAUUACGUUAAUUAAAAAAUAUCUAUGUACAUGAGAGUAAGAACUG